AUGCGCUUUGGAAUGGCCAAGUAUACCGACUGGGUGGACCUGAUGCGGCCACUGGCGAUAACGGUUUUGAAGGCCAGGUUGUGCUCCACAAGACCGGGCAAUGCCCCCAGUACGGUCAUGAUUCGCCGGUCGAGAACCAUUCCCUUCACGCACCUUGUCGGAGAAGGCAGCCCCAUCAGCGCAGAGUCCCAGACGUGCCAUCGGUCGGCAAGGAUUGCGAGAUGCCUCGCCUCCCCGUUCUUGACUGCACAAGUGAUGUUCGCCAACGUUUCGAUCGUCGCAAGAUAUUCGCGUUUUCGAGCAGCCACCUCCGUAACCGCCACCGUAACCGCCACCACCGUAAUCUCCGCCGUAACCUCCUCUGUAACCUCCGCCGAACCCGAAAUGGAUAGCAAUGCAAGCAGUGACCUUCAGGUCGUAAUGGAACACGGUGCCUCGCGCGCUGAAACGCGAGAUGAGUUCCACCUUGGCCCACAUGGACGAGCGAACGUAUCCUUUGUGCAUGCUGCGGCUGACCGCUUUAGCAAUGAUGAAAGUGAAGACGAGGACAUGAUGACCACGCAGCUGGCAGGGCUGCAGAGCGACACGGCUGGCAGACUGCUCAAGGACUUGUUUGCGUACUUUGCCAAUAUUUUGGUAACCAUCAAAACGCUGGACAUCGCGUUUUCUCGAAAUCUUCGCUCGGGCGCGCACAGCGGCCUCUAUCAAAGUGCCCAUGGCAUCGUCUUACGAGGCAAGUCUCCGAACGCAGACGAUGGAACAUACGACAGACAGUUCCUUUUGUAG